UAACGGCGCACGGCGCACGUGGUCACCCGCCUCGCGCUAAUCUCCCGAUAAAAUACGCCUCGAGGGGCUCCCCGCAUCGCACCACCUCACCUCACUUCACUUCAAUUCACCGCGGCGACCUUCCCAUCGGCAUCGCGAUCCCACCGACCCGAUGGCCGCCCGCCUCGGCGUCCCCGCGCUCCUCCUCCUGCUCGCCUCCUCCCUGGCCGCGGCGGCCGGCGACGAGGGCCCGGGGAAGGUGGCCGUGGCGCUCUACUACGAGACGCUGUGCCCCUACUCGGCGCGCUUCGUGGUGGACCACCUCGCCAGGGUCUUCGAGGACGGCCUCCUCGACGCCGUCGACCUCACGCUCGUCCCCUACGGCAACGCCAGGGUCCACGCCGGCGGCGAGAUCACCUGCCAGCAUGGCCCGAACGAGUGCCUGCUCAACACCGUGGAAGCUUGCGCCAUCGACACCUGGCCGGAUUUGGACGUGCAUUUCCGUUUCAUCUACUGCGUGGAGGACCUGGUGAUGAAGCGCCAGUACAAGAAGUGGGACUCCUGCUUCCAAAAGCUGGGGCUUGACCCCAAGCCUGUUACUGACUGCUACAAGAGCGAACAGGGCCACAAGCUUGAGCUCAAGUACGCGAACCAGACCAACGCUCUCGUGCCGCCGCACCGGUACGUCCCAUGGGUGGUCGUCGACGGGCAGCCACUGCUAGAGGAUUACGAGAACUUCGAGGUUUACAUCUGCAAGGCCUACAAGGGUAGCAAUCCUCCGAAGGUCUGCGAGGGUCUGGUCCAUCCGGCGAUGGCGCUUGAGACUGCGGUGGCGCGCCACGGCGUCAGCUACAACUCCGGCGGCAUCGAGCUUGCGACUGCAGAAGAGGAGGGAAGGGAGAGCAAGAUUAAGAUGCGGCUCCCAGAUAAUGAUAACUGAUACAUUGUUGGGUCAUGUGGACAUAGGCAGUUGCAUGUUACUGUCCGGAAUACAUAUUAUGGGUUGCUGUAGGUCGUGCACUCGUACAGUAAUAAUGAUAUGCUAAGCUGCUUUGCCGCUUAAUUAUAGUCUGAUCUGGUUCUGGGUGUACUCUUUGGUUAUGACAUUGUGGGUGAGAAUCAAUUGGACGUUUGACAAA